AUGCACCGGUUACUCAGCAUCACACUUAUAAGUUUUGUGCUCGAGCACGUCUUCGCCCAAGAAGACGAACAUCAAGGCCCCCAACCAUGCGGUGGCUACCUAAAAGGUCCGGCGGGUGUCAUCCAAACGCCGAACUUCCCCAACCCUUUUCCCGUACCGAUAAAAUGCCAAUGGAUCAUACAGCACGACAUAGUGAAUGGCACAAUAUCUAUAUAUUUCACCCAACAGUACACUACAAGCGGACUAACCUUUACCGAAUAUAUGUACUACGAUGAAUCAUACAAGUUGGGGGAACGACGAGCACUCACUGUCACCGAGGAGAAUAUCACCAGGGUGAAAUGGUUACAGUUCUUUGAGAGCAAAGCUGAUCACCGCGGCCUUUUAACUUUAAGCUCACCGUUCAGUGGUGUGGAAAUCAAAGCGUAA